AUCAUCGUCAGUUUACGUUAUUAACUGAAGCUACGUUUUUUUUAAACUUUCUGGGCGUCACUCAAACUCAUGAAGUUUCACACGACCUGGACAGUAUAAUUUAGUGUUCACACAAAAAGAAUGUUGAUCUCAAAUCAGUAAGGAGAAAUCAGCGUGAACACUAUUAACAGUAGCCACACUCAGUGCCUGUCAGGAUGAACCAAGUAAAGAAAGAAGACAAAUAUCAGUCACAUGCUCCUCCGCCCUGCAAACAUAACCCAGGGUACCAGACCAGCCCCAACCAGCAGUGUGGGUAUAUUCAAAGAGGUCCCGUCAACUUCCUGCCUGAGGGGAUACAGCCACUGCCAUCUAUGGCCAUGACCAGCACACAAACACCACAGCCUUCAUCAAACACCUUUCAUUACUAUGGGGAGACGCUAAGCUGCCAGCAGCACUGUUGCAUGCCCCCGAUCCCAGGUUCUGUCCAGUUCCAGCAUGAGGGCCCACAGAAUCUGACGUCUAUGGCCACAACCAGCACACAAACACCACAUCCUCCACCAUGCACCGUUCCAUACUGCAAGAAGAAGCUGGAUGUCCCGAAGAUGCAUAGUAAUCCAGCAUUGCCAGGCUCCACAGGUGACUUGACUGCCUGUCAGCUGCGUAACCCCGGCUCCAGCCUCCUGCAGGGUGUGAUGGGGGCCAGCACUCAUAGCUCACAGAAACUUACAGAGGACGCCGUUCAAAAGAGGGAGCUCCGCUUGAUGAGGAACAGAGAAGCUGCCCGGGAGUGUCGACGAAAGAAGAAGGAAUACGUCAAAUGCCUGGAGAAUCGCGUGGAUGUGCUCGAGAAUCAAAACAAGACUCUGAUUGAGGAGCUUAAAGCGUUAAAAGACAUCUAUCGACACAAAACUGAGUGAUUCCUCUGAGGAGAGGAGGGACUGGGAUUAUGCAGACUGUAUUGGUCUGCUUCUGUGGGGUAUCUUGAGGACUCUGGUUUUGCUUAUACAGACAUGCACACAAACACACGCACGCUCACACAAAACACUCCUUGUCCUUUCUGUUAAAUGUGUUUACACUAUGAUGUCAAUGUUUCUGGCUCUGAAUUAUCCAUGCGCCACCACAGCGAAAACAAGAACCUUUUUCACCUCGGGGUUAUUAUCAGCGAAGACCUUAUGUCCCUUUGCACGGGGCGGCUGAAGGAAGGAAUAUAUGGACUACCUGCAGACUUCCAACACCUUACUAGAGAUGGAGAAUCAGAUGUUGAAGGCUCAUCUGAAUACCCUGCCUCUCUUUAUGUCACUAACACCUUCACUGCACUGCAUUUUACAUUCCUUGAUGCUCAGUUUUGUCUUUCGGCUCUAUUAAAAAAACUUUAUAACUUGAUAGUCUUUGUGAUGGUCUAUUUUUCUACAGAGUUUUUUCAGGGGAAAAUGUUGCCAGAGGCUAAAUUUUCAAAGGGAAUUGGAGCAUCAGGGCCUCUAUGUGAUUUAUUUUACUCCACCUAACAAAGGAAUUAAACCCUACUGCAUUUAUUGCCCAUCUUCUGAGAAAUGUUUCUGCUUCUGUCCUGUGGCGUUCAUAUUUAUUUGGCAGGAAUACCCUGUGUUUAUGUAUUGUUUUAAGUACCAGUGCUUGAUUUGUGCAAAAAAAGUCUUUGUCUUAAUAUGAACAAAUGUAUGUUUAGUUAUCAAAUACACACAUUUGUGGACAUUUUAUUAACUUACACUCUUAGUAACUAGCUGUUUCAUUUUAGUAUGCAUGGCUGAAAUGAGAAGUUAUUUAUGUAACUUUUAUUUUGAAUGAUAAAUUGUAUGUAGAAACCCUGUCUUUUAACGAGCCUCUCAGUUGGUGCUUUAUUUCCUCUUGGCUGUUGUCUUGUUAUGAUUACACAAUAUUUAUAGGUUGUGUACACAUUUUCAAUAUUUAUUUGCUUCAAUAAAGUAGUUUCUCAGUGUU